GCAGACGCUCAGUGGUGCUCUCAGUGUGCGGAGCGGAGGAGGAGGACCGACGGCACAGUAGCAUGCCUAUGUAGUUAUGCCUCAGCUCCGGGGAUAUAUAUCUCAUUUCGCUCGUUCUCUCUCACCGCGCUCCUUUUUUCUCCUUUUUUCUCCCAUCGAGUUGACUUUUACCUCUCCCCUCUCUCUCGGGGAGGGCUAUACGGAAAGCUAGCUGUGCGUCAUGGUGCGUCUUUGCGCAUUAUUUCUGGAUCUUUAAAAAGAGUUUUUCCCCUCCUUUUGCCUGGACAAAAAUGAAGCGCUUUUCCAGUGUGGAUAAGAAGAGAGGGCGCGUUUGGCAGCCAGUGUCUCUCUCUGAAUAUUUGGCUGCAGCUGCUGGUGAUCUGCAUGAAGCAGCUGAAUAAAUCGGCGCUCUCUAUAAGGAAAACAGGGGUUGCAGUAAACGGCUUUUUCUCCCCCCGAUUUUUCUCUGCCUUUGACAAUGUGCCAAGUCCAUCCAACACACAGGAUCCCGGUGAUUUGCUGUGCUUUUUUUCUUUUCAAGGAGUGAACAUUUGGGAACGGAUUUCGGAUUUUUUGGAUUCAAAGUGAAGGUCAAUGGAGAGAUUUGCGCAACUCCGGUGCGUCACGGUCCCAUUUUAACACCAAAUAACGGUGGUGCGCCUGUUUUCUGCGCGCCCGUGUGUUUGUGUUUGUGUGAGUGUGUGUUUGUGUGUGUGUGAGGGCGCCUCUACCUCCUUCCCCCCCUCUCUCCACUGUGAGAACUCACUCCCUGAUUUUUUUUUUUCUCUCCACCCAAGGCUCGUGCUGCAAAGUUAAAUGCUGGAUCUAUAUUUCAGCGACCAUUUCUGGCUGUAAAAAUGCUGAGCGGCGUCCUCUUGCUAAGCGUCCUCACGGUCACCAGCCUGUCGCCGUCCGAAACGGAGAGCCGCAAAACUUCAGCCUCCAAAGAUAUCUGCAAGACCCGCUGCGCCUGCGAGGAGCGAGAGAAUAUACUGAACAUCAACUGUGAGAAUAAAGGAUUUACCACCGUCAGCCAGUUCCAAGCGCCCCCGAAUAAAAUCUCCCAGCUUUUUCUAAAUGGAAACUUCCUGUCACGGCUCAGCGCCAAUGAGUUUGUCAAUUAUGUUAAUGUCACCUCACUGCAUCUGGGGAAUAACGGCUUGCAGGAGAUCCGAACGGGCGCAUUUAACGGGCUCCGCUUCCUGAAGCGGCUCCACUUGAACAAUAACAACCUGGAGGUGAUAAAAGAGGACACCUUUGCAGGACUGGAGAGUUUGGAGUACUUACAGGCAGACUAUAAUUAUAUCAGCGCAAUAGAGCCGGGUGCUUUCAGUAAGCUGAAUAAACUCAAAGUGUUGAUCCUUAAUGAUAACCUGCUGUUGUCUUUGCCUCCUAAUAUUUUCCGCUUCGUGCUCCUCACCCACUUGGAUUUACGUGGCAACCGGCUCAAGAUGCUGCCGUUUGCUGGGGUUCUGGAGCACAUAGGCGGCAUCAUGGAGAUCCAGCUGGAAGAGAACCCAUGGAACUGCACCUGCGAUCUGAUUCCUCUCAAAUCCUGGUUAGACACUAUCUCUGUCUUUGUGGGGGACAUAGUGUGUGAGACGCCGUUCAGAUUGCACGGCAAAGACAUCACCCAGCUCAUCAAACAGGAUCUGUGCCCGCGCAGGAAUGCUGGUGAGCGUGUUCACCCCCCCUCUGACUCUCAUUUUCAAGGAGCCCUGCCCCCGACCUACCACCCUGGAAUGAUCACCCCCACUCGUGCCCCGAAAGCUUCCCGCCCACCCAAAAUGCGCUACAGGCCCACCCCUCGCAUCACAAAGGACAAACAUGUCUUUGGGCCCAUAAUGGUUUACCAGACGCGUUCCCCCGUGCCCAUGUUGUGUCCCAGUGUGUGCGUGUGCACAUCACAAAACCCUGACAGCGGAUUGAACAUCAAUUGCCAAGAGAGGAAGUUGCAUAACAUCAGUGAGCUGAACCCCAAGCCAUCCUAUCCAAAGAAACUCCACCUGACCGGUAACUACUUGCAAAUAAUUCACAGAACCGAUCUGACUGAGUACAGCUCACUGGAGCUGCUCCAUCUAGGAAAUAACAGGAUAGCAGUGAUUCAGGAGGGUGCUUUUGAGAAUCUAACAAACCUCAGACGGCUCUAUCUUAAUGGGAAUUACAUUGAAUCACUUUCUCAAUCACUUUUCGCUGGUCUGCAGUCACUCCAGUAUCUGUAUUUGGAAUAUAACAUCAUCAAGGACAUUUUACCGCAGACAUUUAAUGCUUUGCACAACCUGCAGCUGCUGUUUCUGAACAACAACCUAUUAAGAUCGCUUCCUGACAAUGUUUUUGGGGGAACCAUGCUAACAAGACUUAACCUGCGGAAUAAUCAUUUCUCCUACCUUCCAGUCAAAGGUGUUCUAGACCAGCUUUCAGCAUUUAUCCAGAUCGACUUGCAGGAGAACCCCUGGGACUGCACCUGUGACAUCGUGGCUCUCAAAAACUGGAUGGAGCUGUCCAGUACCAGCGUGGUGGUUAACGAAAUCACUUGCGAUUCGCCCUCUAAGCAUGCAGGUCGUCUGCUGCGUUCACUUCGCAACGAGGCCAUCUGCCCUGAGCCUAGUGAGGUGCCCCCACCGCAACACGCCCCCCCUACAAAAACACCUACAUUAAUAAGCCCUGGCACUGAAGCCACCACCCCUUCUUCUUCUUCUUCUUCCUCUUCUUCUUCUUUUAGCUCUGUCAGCCCCACUGAGUCCAGGCUCCACACUCCUGAGUUACACCCUGAGGUCCCGCUUUCAGUCCUGAUUCUUGGGCUCCUUGUUGUUUUCAUCCUCUCCGUCUGCUUUGGCGCAGGCCUCUUUGUUUUUGUCCUGAAACGGCGCAAAGGGGUGGAACACGUGCCCACAGGCGCCAACAACUUAGAUCUCAACUCUUUCCAAGUGCAAUAUGGUUCCUACACUCCUGAACCAACCCAAGACAAAACUUCUGAAAGUCACGUGUACAACUACAUCCCCCCACCUGUGGGCUCCAUGUGCCAAAAUCCAAUUUACAUGCAGAAGGAUGGAGAGCAGGUGGCUUAUUACCGCAACCUGAAGGAGCUCAGCUUUGGGCCUCUGGAUACUAAGAAGGAUGACGUCCUCACCCGCAGCCCAGGGGCCUACACUAUCAGCACAGUGGAUUUUAUGGAUAAAUCACCAACAUCAUGUGGUUUGACCACCCCAGAGCCCCCUGAGAUGCUGUAUCAAAACUUAGGGGAGAGGCCCAACAAAGAGCUUCCCGCAGCUGCUCCUUUCAAUUACAACUUUUGCACUUUACCUAAGAGACCUUGCAUCGUGCCCCCCUACGAGGCUGCUACAGCCCGAAGGCAUUUCACCAACCAGGACAGGUUGAACAAAACUGUGCUGUAUGGGACCCCCAGGAAAUACUACGGGGCCGAACACCCUUCCAGAAACAAUGAGCAUCCACUCCUGCUCCCUGGGAAGCUAAAAACAGAACCAGACUACCUGGAGGUUCUGGAGAAACAGACUGCGAUGAGCCAACUGUAAAAUAGUGACAAUGUCCCCCCCCCAGGUUCUGUGCAGCAUUCAUAAUAAUCACGCAGUUACUGUAAUAAUAGCCCUCUCUAUAUAUCUAUCUUAUCUAUCUUAUGUGUUCAAUCCUACAUGAUUGACUGGAAGCGAACCGAAGCCUUUGAUGAUCUUUUUUCUCUCUUCCUUUUCUUCUCUUUUUUUCUUUUCUCAAGAUGUAUAAAAGGAAUAUAAGAAGUAUAUUAUUAUGCAGUUCUAUUUUUUCUCCUGGAAGGUAUAAAUUAUUUCUUCUUUUUGAAAAAUGAAAUUCUAAAAGACUUUGAUGACGGCAGGUAUAUAAUGGGCAGGACUGUGUAGAAAUACGGCUUUGUGCUUUUCAUAAAACUGUAUUUUAUUUUCCCUGUGAAAAACAGAAAAAGUAUGAAACAAUUAUUCUUUGUAGAAGAGGAAAUGCUACAGAUUGACAUUCCUGUACAUACUUGGCACACACAGAUAAAUGGUGAGUGUUUAACCAUAAAAGAAAACCUUUUCAAAAUCCAACAAGCGGCAAAAUCUUACUAUAUUACUCCAGAAAGUGCCUUUGCACUCAACUAUUUUAUCAACAAUGCUCUCUGCAAAAUGGAAAUAUUCCUUUUUUCUGAAAGUGCUGUAUUUUAAAGAAUCAAAUCUUUAUGUAAAAUAGAAGUCUUAUUUGUCCGUUUAAAAGGGAAAAAAAGAAAAAAAAUGAACUUGAGACUGAGUGUGAAAUGAUAUAUGAGUUCUUGACAGGGAGAAUCAUGUUAUUUUGCUUUCGAUAUGAAGUGUCUUUGGAGAUGUACAACAUUGUAUGGCUAUAGGGGAGCAAUACAGCGCGGCAAAAUUGCGCCAUUAAAUUUUCACUGAAGCACUUUGUCAAGA